AUGGACGUCUCAGCAGCAGCAAGUAGAGUGUCAUACCCAUCGAUACCGUCGGAAACCAAAGACUCGACCCCCGCGCACCUGGACCGGUCUACAUUUCCACGCACCGUCACCCUACCCGAUGAGAACAUCCAUAUCGAAUUGACAUACGGUCCCCUCAGUGCAGACACAGCAUUAUCCUACACCAAUUCCCCCGCAGCAGGCGCAAAUGUGUUUUUCCUAGGGACUACGCGCAAUACAUUCGACGGGCGUGCCGUCGCUCAGCUCAGCUAUACAUCCUACCCGCCAUUGGCAUUAAAGACCCUGGCAGACAUCGCGCGACAGAGCAAAGAGAAACACGGGCUCAUCGCCGUGAGCAUUUCGCACCGGCUGGGGACAGUGGCCGUUGGGGAGGCGUCGAUUUUAAUUGCUGUCAGCUCAGGGCAUAGACGUGCGGCUUGGAGAGCCGGCGAAGAGAUCCUGGAUGAGUGCAAGGCAAAGGCGGAGAUCUGGAAACGGGAGGAGUUCGUGGGUAGCAAACCGGAGGACGGGGAGUGGAGGGCAAAUAAGGAUUGGGAUGGGGAGGGCAAUCUAGUCUCGCAGCAAUGA